UUUGUUUUGAAUGUUGCAUCAGUUUCCGAAAUUUUGUGUUUGGAAUGUUUUCGUGUAUUUUAAAUUAAAUUCAAAAAUUGUGUAUUGAAAUUGUUUAUGUGUGAUCACAUGCAGUCGUCAAAUUAGUGGAAUAAUUUUCCAAUAAAUUAAUUGAAAAAGUUAAUUAUUUCGUAAAAUGUCGACUGGAUUGAUAAUUCGUCGUGCACUUUGCACCAAUUUAAGAGGCCCACGUAGCCGCAGUGCAUCAUGCCAUUCAAGAUAUGCAGCAAAAGAAUUGUAUUCAAGGUCAACGUAUCAAAUAUCUUUGACUAAAACCAACGGAUACAAUUUUACCAGCAUUUGUUGUUAUAGCACACAAAAUGGACGACAAUGGAAAACCAUUGAUAAUCAAUCAUUUAAGCCAUCAAAAAAUUCAUUCACAUUGAUGUCAUACAAUAUUUUAGCACAACAUUACAUUGAUUCACAGCCUUCACUUUAUCGUAACCAUAAUCCCGAUUCAUUACAAUGGACACAUCGAUUUGAUGUGCUUAAACAAGAAAUCGAUGAUAUUUCACCCGACAUUUUAUGCCUGCAAGAAGUACAACAGAGUCAUUUAAGCGAAAUUUCCGCACAUUUCAAUGAUCAAGGCUAUGAUACAUCGUUAUUUAAAAAACGAACAGGAUUGCAAGUCGAUGGAUGCGCAAUUUUCUUCAAAAAACACCUAUUCGAUUUGAUUGAGUUCCAUUUUGUUGACUAUUUUCAACCGGAAAUUAAAAUACUUAAUCGAUGUAAUGUGGCCGUUAUUGCAAAAUUUGCAUUGAAAUCUAAACCAGACAUUAAUUUUGUGGUAUCCACAACACAUUUACUAUUCAAUCCAAAACGACAUGAUAUUCGGCUGGCACAGUGCUCAGUUCUACUAGCUGAACUCGACCGAAUCGCUCGUGAUGAUGUCAAUCAAUGCAAAACGGUGCCAAUCAUAUUGACUGGUGAUUUUAAUGUAAAACAAGAAUCGGAAGUAUUUCGUUUGAUAAUCGGCGAGGAUAUUGUGCCGAGCAAAGUGUUUGAAAAAAUGAAUUUUCGAUUUGGACAAAAUCGACAAAAUUUAUUGCCACGAGAAAUUGGCAUCUCGGAUCAUUGUCAACAUAUUGAUGUGGCAGAAAAUUUGAAUCGAUACCAAACGGCUUUACGUACGAGUGCACAAAAUGCAAACUGUGAGAGUCGAAUAGUACAACAGCGUGUGAUAAGCGAUGAAGAAAUUGAUAAAUCUGAUCUACCAUUUGAUACCGGUGUAAUAAAACAUCAUUUAAAUUUGUUACCAACAAUAUGUCCAACGAAACCAGUUGUUAUAGAUGAAAAGCAUGCCUCAACAUACCACAACAAAUGGAUAAUGGUUGAUUAUAUUUUCUUCUCCGAAGCGAAUAAUGCGUCAUCAACAUCAAAACUACAAUUGCUUGAAAAUUAUCAAUUGCCCAAUGCCUUUGAAUGCUUUUCCAAUGGAACGAUACCAAAUCAUCAACUAGGAUCUGAUCACUAUUCAGUUGCAGCCCGUUUUUCCAUCGAAUAAAUUGAAUACGUCUCUGAAUAGAAUUAUAAAUAUUUUAAUUUAUUUGUUGUUAUAAUUAGAAAGAAUUUUAUCACUAUGUCGAAAGAGUACCUCAUUGAAUUGUUGGUGCAAACCGUGACAAUAGCGAAUUUUUAACAAAAUAUCAUUUGGUAUUAUAUUUGUGAGUGAGAGUGGGAAAAU